AUGUUCGGACCGUUGGAUAGAACUCAAACUCACGAUUCGACGGAUCGUGGAUCGGAGUCCCGGAUACUCCGAAAUCGCAAACCCAAGAUGUCAGACUUGAUUAGACGUCGUAGGGCGGUGAAGACUACACCGAGUUCGAAGCCCCCGGCUCAGCCGACAUCAGCUGCCACUGCUCUAGCACUGAUGGAGCACGACCACGUGCUAGUUGGUCCCGGGGGAUCCCAAGCGCCUUCAUCAUUAGCUUCAUCGGUGGUGAAGCCUGUUAGCACUAGGCUGCGGCACUGGCCCACCAGCACCACCGACAACACAUCGACCGACGCCAAGAGGAACACCCGAGGGCUGUGUCGGCAGCUGAAGAGGGCGAAGGUCACCCGGGUGACCAACAGUCGUAUCAGUAUCAGAUACGACGAGCGCCAUCGGGCUGCACCGAUGGCGGAGUUGCAUAGCUCCUUGGCCCACGACAUUGGCCACGUCGUUCGGACCAGAUCAAGUUAUGGAAGGUCAUGCCUGACGAGAUCAAGUUACAGGUUCGCGACAAACUACAACUUAGAGGACCUCGACGAGGAGUCGUUGGCGUACGUCAACAGACUCUUCGGUGAGAGGUACAAGCAGUGGAAGAGCGACUUGCACCGCCAUUUUGAGGCUUUUGACGAUCUGCAAGUUGCUCUUCAAGAGGGUUGCCCGAAGGAGCUUGAGGGGCAGGAGGAUAGUUGGGCGUGGCUUUGCACUCAUUUUCAGGCGCCCGAUUAUGUGGGGGGGUCGAAAUUCCCAGAGAUCGACGUCUUUGGUGACGUUUAUGUUCGACCUAGGAAUGAGUUAGCCGAGUCCCUUCAUACGACGAUGGUGGAGAGGAGCCAGUUGGUUCUUCAGGAGUCCACCUCCCAACUUCCUCCAGAGACUCCGAUCGAGUCUGUGGAUCCUCCACAGGAUGCUGGAUUUUAG